GCGGCGUAGUGAAACUGUGUUUUUUGGCUUUCUGGAGCUUUGAUUUAAAGACGCGCCCCGCCAAAGAAGGUGACGACGAAGUGCGCGGCCGAACCAUGGCCGCCCUGCAGUUAGCUCGGAGUCGGUUGAAGACCCGCUGAGCCGAGCUCUCAGGGACCCCGGGACCAUGGCCGGAAGAACUGUGCCCAACCUGCCGGCCAAGGCGGUCAGCUCCAAGCAGUUCCUCGCACUCGCCGGCUACAUCGUGGGCAGGCAGAUCGGGCAGGGCACCUACUCCCAAGUCAGACUAGCUGUCAAGGGGGGAAAGAGGUAUGCAGUGAAAAUCAUUCCGCGUCAUCUGGCGCCACGCCAGUACGUGCUCCACUUCCUUCCUCGUGAGCUGGCGAUCAUACCGAUGCUGAAGCAUCCCAACAUCAUCGAAGUGUUCGACAUCCUCGAAAUCAGGAUGAAGACAUUCGUCAUCAUGGAACUCGCCACCCGGGGAAACCUGCUUCAGAAAAUUACGAGCGAAGGCCGUUUCUCGGAGACGAAGGCGUUCGUGUUCUUCGAGCAGAUCGUGGAUGCGGUGUCCUACCUUCACAAGCAGCACAUCGCUCACCGAGACCUCAAAUGCGAGAACGUCCUCCUCAACCCCAACAACCAGGUCAAGCUGGCAGACUUCUCCUUUGUCCGAUACGUCUACAACCCCGUGAACCGACGCAAGAUGCUGAGCGAAACCUUUUGCGGCAGCGCGGCGUACGCUGCACCCGAGGUGAUCCAAAACAUCCGGUACCUUCCCAAGCGGCACGACACGUGGAGCCUGGGGGUCAUUCUCUACGUGAUGGUUUGUGGUCAGCUGCCCUUCGACGACUCCAACCCGUUCCAGCAAGUGCGCGCUCAGAUGAGCCGCCAGAUUCCCUUCCCGACCGAGUACAAAGUAUCUAAGACGUGCACGAACCUCAUCAGGCACUUGCUCGAACCCAUCGUGCUCUACAGGUGCACCGCCACCAGGGCCAUGAAGCACCCAUGGAUGCGCAGGGAGCGCAUCAAGAGGAAGCUCAAGCACAUCAAAGACAAACGAACUGCCGAGAACCGUUACACACGAGAGAAGGGUCAAGGCAGGUCAUCCUCCAACGGGGCGGAAAACAACGGAAGAGAGCUAAGACCUAUCUACUCAGAGGCGGGCGUGGUAUCCAAUUCAGGUUCUUCAUCGGCUGAGACAUUUGGACCAUUGUCCGCGUCCAUGUCGGCCCUCCCGAAGAGGAACCGGAGGUCCAGAUCACGGGCAGUCGGUGCGCGGCACUCGACCGAGGAACCAAACUUCAUUAGCCGUACUGAGGUCUUGAGUGACGUAGAUGAUCGCCCCACCAGCAUUACGGUCCGCAAGCGAAGACCAAGAAGGAAUUCCUACUACAGGCACGAACGCAAAUUGUCUCCAUCCCCGCCAAAUUUCUAUCCGCAGCCCGACUACCCGUACAAGAUGCAGCAUGCAGCCAUGUCUGCAGGGCCAUACCAGGACCCGUCGAUGUGCAUGGGGGGCGUGGGCAUGUACCCGACAGGAGGAAUGCCCACGAACUGGGGUAUGCCUGUGGCAGGUGGCAUGUUCCCUCCGCAAUGUGGCCUCGGUUACCAGGUUGCGGGUGCACCAUACGGACCGGCGGGACCUCGUCCCCACGUCAACAGAAGGCCCCGAAGACGCGGAUCCCAGGGCGACGUCCGCAAGGCGACGGUUCGCGUAAACACGCCUCGGGCUCACUUGUCCGUGUCGACCAGCUCUAGUGCCUCUGGGGAGUAUUACUAAUAUCAUACUAAGCCCCGGGAUAAAUUAUUUUGUCAUUUUUGCUUAGCCACACUCGUUUCAUUUGUUCGAAUGUCUAGACUUUUUGUUCUCGCCAAACCGGGCUUAAAGGACGUGGCCGAGGCGCGCAAUUACCUGCAAGAUUAAAUAAAUAUACUUCGAUAUUCACGA